AUGCCGAUACUCAAAUCUAAUGCUCAUCAUCCUCCUCUCUAUCUCCAUGUCCACCCUCAGAGUCAGACCUUCACGUUUCGUUCCAAAGCCAGUCUCAGACCCUCUCCUUUCUCUCUUCCACACCCGCUCUCUCUCACCCCACAAACACAAGCCCACCAAUUGGAACACAACCCACAAAUCAGUUCAAGCAAACCCACUUCUCUCCCUAUUAGAAACAUGCAAAUCCAUGUCCCAGCUGAAGCAGAUCCAAUCCCAAAUGAUCCUCACGGGGCUAAUCUCAGAUGGAACCCAAAUGUGUUUUCUUGGAAUGUGGUCAUUAGAGGGUAUUCGGAGAGCGAGAAUCCGAGAGAAGCAGUUGUGUUGUAUAAGAAAAUGUUGAGAAAUGGUGGGUCGAGACCGGAUAAUUAUACUUACCCGUUAUUGUUGAAAGUUUGUGCUAAUUUAACGUUGAAUUUAUGGGGUCGCGAGGUUCUUGGGCAUGUAAUGCGAUUGGGUUUAUAUUUGGAUAUGUUCGUUCACAAUGCUGUUAUUCAUAUGUUUGUUUCAUGCAGAGAAUUAGAGGCCGCACGUAAGGUGUUUGAUGAAGGUUGUGUGAGAGAUUUGGUUUCUUGGAAUUCUUUGAUUAAUGGUUAUGUCCGAAGUGGGUUGGCGUGUGAGGCAUUAAGGAUUUAUCAGGAAAUGGAGUUGGAGGGAUUUAAGCCGGAUGAAGUUACAAUGAUUGGAGUGGUUUCUUCAUGUGCCCAACUAGAGAAUUUGAGACUUGGGAGAAAAUUUCAUCGUGUGGGAAUAUUGAGGCCGCUCAAGCAUUAUUUGACAACAUGA